AUGGUCGACCCGCUCUUCCUGUACGCCGUGUCCGUCAGCGCGCCGCUCAUGUGCGUCUUCCUCGACGGCUGGUUCGCGGCCGCGGUCACCGCGCUCCGGUGCGCCGUGGACGCCAUGCACGCCUCCAACCUGCUGCUGCGGCUCCGGGAAGCGUGCUCGCCGAGGCGGGAAGACACGGACGAGGAGGAGGCGCAGCCGGGGCGCGACGACGCACGCGGCGGCGGCGGCGGCGGCGGCGGCGGCGUGCCGGAACGGGGGAGGUCCAAGAAGGGGGUUUUCUUGGACAUGCUGGUCAUCCUACCGGUGAUGCAGGUGGUCGUCUGGGUGGCGUCGCCGGCGAUGAUACGCGCCGGGUCGACGACCGCCGUCAUGACCGUGCUGCUGGUGGCGUUCCUGCUCGAGUACCUGCCCAAGAUCUACCACUCCGUCCGCGUCCUGCGCCGGAUGCAGGACGUCUCCGGCUACCUCUUCGGCACUAUCUGGUGGGGGAUCGCGCUCAACCUCAUGGCCUACUUCGUCGCCGCUCACGCGGUGGGUGCGUGCUGGUACCUGCUCGGCGCGCAGCGGGCCACCAAGUGCCUUAGGGAGCAGUGCGCCCAGGCCGGGAGCGGGUGCGCACCCUGGGCGCUGGCGUGCGCGGAGCCGCUCUACUACGGGCGCAGCUUGACCGUGGGGGCGGACAGGCUCGCCUGGGCCGGCAACGCCACGGCCAGGGGCACGUGCCUCGACAGCGCCGACAACUACCAGUACGGGACCUACCAGUGGACUGUCAUGCUGGUGGCCAACCCCAUCAGGGUCGACAGGAUUCUGCUCCCCAUCUUCUGGGGACUAAUGACUCUCAGCACCUUUGGGAAUCUGGAGAGCACGACGGAGUGGCUGGAGAUCGUAUUCAACAUCAUCACCAUCACCGGCGGACUGAUUCUCGUGACAAUGCUCAUAGGGAACAUCAAGGUGUUCCUGAACGCGACGACGUCCAAGAAGCAGGCGAUGCACACGCGGCUGCGGGGCGUGGAGCUGUGGAUGAAGCGAAAGAACCUGCCCAGGAGCUACCGGCACCGAGUGCGGCAGUACGAGCGGCAGCGGUGGGCGGCCACGCGCGGCGUCGACGAGUGCCGCAUCGUCCGUGACCUGCCGGAGGGCUCCGCCGGGACAUCAAGUACCACCUCUGCCUCGGCCGUGACGUCUCGUCAGUUUUGGCCGCGCUGCUGGUGCAUCACGUGCUCGUCGCGCGCGUAA